CUGCAGACCCGUGGGGCGGGUUACUGUCCCGGUCGCGUCUGUGGGGCCAGUCGGAGAGAGCGGCCGAGCGGCGGUCUGUGGUUCGGCGAGUAAGGGGGACCUCUCAGUGUUAAACAUGAGCCCGGCGGCUAAAGAGGAGCCAAAAGUGAGCUGUGUUCAGCGGGGAAUCAGGGCUAUUCUUCUGGGCCCUCCCGGAGCAGGGAAAGGCACGCAGGCUCAUAAGCUUGCUGAGCACUACAGUGUCUGUCACUUAUCAACAGGUGACAUGUUGCGAGCCAUGGUGGCAAGUGGCUCAGAACUGGGACAAAAGUUAAAGAAAACGCUAGAUGCUGGCAAAUUGGUGAGUGAUGAAAUGGUGGUUGAACUGAUUAACAAAAACCUGGACAGCCCGGCCUGCAAAAAUGGAUUUCUGUUGGAUGGAUUCCCACGCACUGUGAAUCAAGCAGAGAUGUUCGAUAAACAGUUGGAAAAACGAUCCGAGAAGCUGGAUUCUGUGCUGGAGUUUAACAUUGGAGAUGAUAUGCUGAUUAGCAGGAUCUGUGGCAGACUGGUCCAUCAAGCCAGUGGACGCACCUACCACGAAUUGUAUAAACCACCCAAAGUGCCCAUGAAAGAUGACGUAACCGGUGAAGCUUUGAUAAAACGCUCGGAUGACAACGAAGAGACUUUAAAAUCUCGCCUAGCUUCUUAUCACACCCAAACCAAGCCCCUUGUUUCAUAUUACCAGAAGAAGGGGCUUCAUACAGCAAUUGAUGCAGCACAGUCUCCCGAAGUAAUUUUCUCUGCCAUUCUAGCUGCUUUCAGUGGAGCUACAUGUAAGGACCUGGUUAUGUUUGUUUGAUUUUUAAUUGCUAAGCAGUCAAUGAUUACAUAAUAAAGUGGAUUCUGGUUAAUUGGGACACAUGGGUCUAGUACAUUUUGGUUCAAUUAAGUGACUCCCCCUAGUAGCUGAAGUUUCAUGCAAAUUUUAAUAAAAAGUUAUAACACAAGACACAUAAUGUAUUUAAGUGAAAUCAUCAUCAGGUGCCGUGCCCAGUUUGAGCUUUGUCUGCCAUGGUCCACACACUCCUGUUUCAAGUCAAGUGGGUCAAUUCAUUGGUAUUCAUUUCCAGUUCUCUGGCUGCUGUCUCCAUCAUCAUUUGUCUUUGCCUUCCUCUUGCUUUCUUCCCUUCAAUCUUUCCCAUAGUUACCGUGCAUCCCAACUCCUCUUUCCUAAUCACAUGUCCAGUGAAGUUAUGUUGCCUUUUCAUGAUCUCAUACAUUAUUUCUCUUUUAGUUCUUGUUCUGUUCAUGACACCCUCAUUAGAUAUUCGUUUCAUCCAUGAUAUUCUUUGCAUCCUCCUCAAAAACCACAUCUCUGCUGCUUCAAUUCGUUUCCUCAUGUUACUAGAUAUAGUCCAACAUUCUGAGCCAUAUAACAUAACUGGAUAAACGUAACAUUUCAGUACUCUGAGGCGGGUUGUCAUGCCUAGUAUACUCUUCAUUCUCAUAAAGGUGUGUUUUGCCAUCCCUAUUCUUCUUUUGAUGUCCAUGUCGCACCGGCCAUCUGACGUCACCCAGCUUCCUAAGUAGCAAAGGUUCUGUACUUGUUUUAUGUCUUUCCCAGUUAUUCUCAGCCUGCAGAUAGGAUUCUCCUUUUUGGAUAUCACCAUACAGAACAAAUUGGAACACUACUAAUAGUACCACAGUACUAUAAAAUUGUGUUUGUUCGUUUGUUCAUUAUGUGCUGUGUCAUAUAACAUGGGCAGUCAUGGCUUUUCCAUGACCAUGAUUGCUCUUGGAGAGUUUUUUCUACCAAAAUGUUCUGCCAUUGCCAGCGUAUUUACAAAACAGGUGACCCCAGCCAUUAUCAAUACUCUUCAGAGAUUGUCUGCCUGGUGUCAGUGGUCACAUAACCAGGACUUGUGAUAAGCACCAUCUGCCCAUACAACCAUUCACCUCUUAAUCCCGUAGCUUCACAUAACCCUGACUGGGGGCUAAGUAGGUGCUACACCUUGCCUAAGUGUGACUUGCAGGCUUUAGUAGAGAUGUAUCUCCACCACACCACCCUAUAAAACUGUAUUAGAUCCUAAUAGUCAUUGAUGGAGGAUUUCAUCCAGUGUAUGCAAUAUACAAAAUCAGUGCAAACACCUAGUGCAGAUAAUGGACUGCCUUCAUACAGUGCUGUCUAUCAUUGCAUUCUCCAAAUCUUCAUUUUCAUUGUAACAUUCAAGAUGGUUGUCAGUAAUUCGUAAUUCCUAACUUGUUGUAGUGAAAUCGUUAUAUUUUCACUCCAGGCUGGUUCUGGCAUCUCCAAGCCCGAGUGCUUGAAACCACAGUGAACAAAACGGUUUUGAAUUGUCUUACUGCUUAUUUCUUGCCAACUAUUAGUGACAAUAAUCCAUGCUCUUUGAAACAAACACACACAGCUGACGCUGUUUAAAUAUUCACUCUAAGCACAGUGUAGCAUCAAACCAAUUUGAACCUGUUCAGCAACAAUCUCUUGCCCCAGUGAAGCAACAGAGUGUCUCAGAUAAACAAAAGGAAUCCUGGCAAUUUAAGUUUUUGUUCUUUAAGAGUUGUCCCAAAUAAGCACUGCCCCAAUUAAACAAUGGCUCAAUUAACCAGAAUCCACUGUAUUUUGCUUGAGGAUAAUUUAGAUAACUGGAAAAGAAUUGAAUCUAUUUAUUACAACAUUUGCAAAAAAAAAGCUUAAAAGAAUGUUAGUAGUUUAAUCUGUCAAUCAACUGCUAUAGUUUAUAUUUGAUAGUUGAAUAUUAUUUAGUUCAACUUUUGUUGUGGCUACUAUUUUAAUGUUCCAAAUCAUAGUUUAUCAGCUGUUUAGUUCAGAGCCAUUCUGCAUAUCUAAACCAAAUGUAGUAAUCUGAAUUUCCCACGAGUUAAAUUGUUUAAAAGGGUAUAGUCAUCAAUACAGAUUAUGGUGUAAAUUAGCUAACCUGAUAGGGGAGGAAACUGCUAUGAUCUUUUUUGUAUUCAUCAAACUUUUGCCUCUCUCAUCAAAUGCUGUUACUCAUAUUUGUCUUUGGCUUGUCAUCAUAUACCAUGAAACUAAUCAUCAAUAUUCAACAGACUUAAACUUCUUUUCAAAUAAUAGCAUAGUGUAGAUUCUUGCAAGAAUUAACAAAAGUUACUGAUAACUCCCAUCUCUUUGACUUUAAAAAUAAAUUCUUGACUAGACUUAAAUAAAAAUAUUACUUUAGAGAUCAACUGUUUUGGGAAAAAUACCAUGAGUCAUCUUACCAAAUUAUCUCCUUAGUGUAGAAUGUGUCACAGCAGUGGCAUUUUUUAAAUUCAAAAUAUUACAGAUUUUGAUUUAGUGUCAUCAAAUCUAGUAAGGUCUUGAAGCAGAGUAUUGAAACUGUGAGCUACUUUCUGAAAUGCCAUUUACAAAUCUCAAAUUUCAGCUCCAUCUGAAAUGGGAUCAUUGAGUCUACACAUGUUGUCCCACUUCUUCCACCAUUUGUAUCACUCCCUCAAAUCCUACAAGGCGCCAAAAAUCUUUCUCUCUGGCUCAGGUUUGCUAUCAGCUGGCAGAGCAGUCGAAUUGUUAAUUAGUACAUUUGAGUAGAAUCAGUGAAAUAACUUGUUUCGGGUUCUCUUCAGCUGAAAAGUGAAGGCUUGGUCUAAUCCAGGGGUUCCCAACCUGCCAUUGGCAUUGUACCCUGUCACAAAGAAUGGUUGGGAGUUUGGGAACCGCUGGUGUAACCUGGGCAAGAUGACCUAUCUGUCUUCAUCUUAACUGCAACUUCUGAUUAUCUCCCUCCCAAAUGUAUCUUCAAGGACUGUAUGAUGUUUAGAAUGUUAAAUUUGCUUAGUUUUUUCACUAAAUAAAUUGGAAUAGUAGAACUAAAAUAGCUAUGUUAAUAUCUUAAAUUUUUUUUUUAAAGUUGGAAAAACAUACCAAUUUAGGCAGCGUAAUUGGAGAGAACAGUUGUUAUUUUGGGCAAAUGUGUGAUGUCAGCUGCUGUCCACCCCACUGGUGCUGAACUGUCUUCCUAGUUUUCAAUUAUUAUAAGUAAAAACCACUGCCACCCUUAGCUGAAGUCAAAUUUGCCUUAGUGACUUAGUUAAUCAUUUGUAAAAACAAAUCUAUGUGCCACUUUAUUUCCGAGUUUCAUUUUGUUUAAGUGUCAGUGUUAGAUUGUUUGUAGCAUCCUAUUCUAAGGGCUGGGAAUCCUCCAGGUCCCCACCAGUCCUGAGUAGAGAUUCAGCCUCACUGUUAUUCCAGUGUACAACUGAGAAUUUGGUUGUAGCUAAUUCUGGCCGAUUGAAGGAGUAAAAUUGCUUUUAGCAUAAGUACAACUUUGAUUGUAUUUGGAGACUCUGUUCCUAAUAUCUACUUCAAUUAAUGCAUCUUGUUCCAAAACUGAGAGCGGAUUUGCCUGCAAGUUCAAGACAAUGUUUUGACAAUUUGCUCUGCUGUGUUUUGUAAAAGAGUCAAAAUAAAGGCAAACCAGUGAAGUUCA